AUGGAUGCCAUUCCCAUGGGCUGGAUGGCCUUGGGGCCUCUGGAGUGCACAUGUGCGCAAGUGCAGCUGCCCCCGCGGGGUACCAUCCAAGUCCUUCGUGGAGAUGGGACUUCUGUGGGGACUGUCAUCAUGCUCCACUGCCCCUCAGGGCACCAGAUGUUGGGGUCCGGCCUUCUCACCUGUGCUUGGAAGGGGAACAUCACCGAGUGGUCUUCAGUGACCCCUGUGUGCAAGUCUGUGCCACCAUCCGAGACCUUUGGCUUUAAAGUGGCUGUGAUCGCCUCCAUCAUCAGCUCUGCCAUCAUCCUGCUCAUGUCCAUGGCCUUCUUUACCUGCUGCCUGAUAAAGUGUGUGAAGAGGAGUGAGCAGAGGCGCACCGACAGGGAGGCCCAGCUGUGGCUCCAGCUACGUGGUGAGGACCUGGAGACAGUGCAGGCCGCUUACCUGGGUCUAAAGUAUUUGAACAGCAACAACAGCUCACAGCCCAGGAGCUGGCUCAGCCAUGCUCAUGACAACCAAAGCUUCACCAUAGACUUAGGUGAGGGUGCUAGAGAGGCAGCUGGCAUGGCCCACAGUGUGAACAAGGACCCAUGGACCUCGAGAACUGGUGCUCUGAACCCCGUUGGCCCUACGGGCUUCCCCCACACCCAGGAGAGGGUGCAUACAACGAAUCCGGGGCAGACUGUGCCUGCCUCCAGACUCACCUCAGGAAUCCAGAGGCAGCCUAUGGCCUACACCCCGGGAUGACUGCAGCCAAGGACUCACUCUUUGGGGGUAGGGGCAUUGGCAACUUGAGGUGUCCACCUCAAGAUUGGUCAUGAAGUCAGCUUCUGGCUUAAGGAUCCCUCAGGACAUCCAGCUGGAGGCUCAAGGGAGGUGUCCUACCUGAGGGAGCCCCGCUGUAACAGUUUUUAUAGUUAGGCUCCUUGAAACCUCAAGAGGAUCUCAGACCCAGUUGUGUCUCCUUUUGACCUAGUUCUGAUAAAGACACAGGGGCACUUUAAGCAAAUCUAGUUUUGCAUAGCAGAGUAGGAAAAUAAAAUCAGCAACUUCAGAUGCAUCUUCCUCAUGGGGUGCUGCUUGUGAGAUGGGACUUGGUGA